CCAAAGAAACAAAAUAAGAGGGAGGGAGUACACGAUAUAAAUAUCACUUAGCGGCAGAAGAUAUACAAUAUAAUGAGAAUCUUCAAAGAGUGUUAUGAUGAUGUAAUUGUUGUGGCUAUGUUAUGUAGUACUUUGUGUUGGGUAUGGAAGAAACGCAGCCGCCGAAGCGUACUUCCCACGAAUUGGCCUGUCGUCGGAAUGUUGCCGGCGCUCCUACAAAACGCCGGCCGCAUCCACCAUUAUGCAACAGAGCUUCUCCGAGAAAGUGGUGGGACAAUUGAGAUCAAAGGUCUAUGGUUUGCUAACAUGGACAUGCUUGUCACCUGCGACCCUGCGAACGUCAAUCACAUCCUCUGCAGAAACUUCGAGAACUAUCCGAAGGGUCCUGGUUUCCGGAAAAUAUUUCACGUCCUCGGAGAUGGGAUGAUAAACGUGGACUCUGAGCUAUGGGAGCUUCACCGGAAGACCACGACGCCGCUCAUGAACCAGGCCAACUUCCGCACUUCCUUGGAGAGGAACGUGUCACAGAAGAUCGAGAAUGGGUUGUUUCCGGUUCUUGACCAUUACGCUCAACAAGGGACCCACAUCGAUCUGCAAGAAAUUUUCCAUAGAAUUUUGUUCGACAUAAGCUGUCAGCAGUUUAUGGACAAGGAUCCCGGCACUCUUUGCGUUGACCCAACCGGCGACCAUCCAUUCCUGAAGGCGAUUAGGGAUGCCGUGAACGCUAUUCUCUACAGACAUAUACUCCCGGAAUGGUGUUGGAAGCUACAGAAAUGGGUGGUUGGGAUUGACAGAGAGAAGAAGCUUUCUGAAGCUUGGGAUACUAUUGAUAACUUCAUAUACACCAUACUUUCUGAGAACCAAGAACAUGACAAGACAGGGUUUAUCUCGUACAGACCAUCAGAUAGUAUCUACGGGUUUUCCUCGUCUGAUGAAUCUAAUUUCAGCAUGUUGGCUUCACUCUUGAAAGCAUAUAAAGGAAAAUCGAAGCGAUUUCUUAGAGACACUUUGGUGUCUUUAACCAUAGCCGGAGGAGGAGGUACGAGCAGUGCAGCCAUUACUUGGCUCUUUUGGCUCCUGGCUAAAAACCCUCGGGUUGAGGCAAAGAUCCUUGACGAGAUCAACAUGAAUCAUGCAAAACAAAACAGGGUUUUUAAGGUAGAACAAUGUCAAAACCUAGUCUACCUCCACGCUGCUUUGUGCGAAUCUCUUAGGUUAUUUCCACCAGUACCUAUGAACCACAAGCUCUCAUUGGAGAAAGAUGUUCUCCCUAGUGGCCAUAAAGUCAACCCAAACACACGAAUCAUCACGUCGUUUUAUUCCAUAGGGAGGAUGGAAGCAAUAUGGGGUAAAGACUGCAUGGAGUUCAAGCCUGAGAGAUGGAUUUCAGACACCGGAGGAAUCAAGCAUGCCUCAUCCUACAAUUUCCCCAUUUUUAACCUCGGACCCAGGACUUGCUUAGGUAAGGAGAUGUUUUUCCUAGUGGCGAAAACAGUUGCGGCUAGCAUCAUACUCAACUAUCACUGCCAACCACUAGAACCUCAUUCUCCAGUUCAGUAUUCAGAUACUCUUGUUCUUGAACUCAAACAUGGUUUCAAGGUCAAACUCAACAAACGUACCUAAGUGAUCGAUACCAUCAAUAAGGUCAUAUGUAUUUUACCUAUAAGUGAUACCAUCAAUAAGUUCUAUUCUGUGUUUUAUUCUCAUUUGCUUCA